AAAAUGAACAUAGUUCUGAUUUAGGAACUUUAGAGGUGAAAUGUGAUUCUGUGCUGAAAUGGUGAGUCAGCCCAAGCCCACGGGAACGUGCUUUAAAAACCAUGGGGCUGACGGCUAUACGUAACAGGCCAAAGUAGACAAUAUUUGGUAGCGUUGGGUUUGGGCUUAUUACAAUUUUCCUAUUGUAUACAGAUUUGAAAGGAAUCCAAUGAUGCUUUCUCAAGAACAAUGAAGUUACUAUCUUGGCUCGAACGAAUGGAGAAUAGAGGUAUUAAGAAAAUGGAUUUUUGGAUGAUCUAAAACUUCCAUCCCUUUUGAGGGCCAAAUACCUUUGAUCGUGUCAGGUGUAAAAGAAAAAUGAAAAAAAAAAAAAAGUAACUUUUAGAAUUACAAACUUCGUCCUUCCAACUUUUAUAUAAAACUUUAUAUAAUAUUGUUUCAUUUCAUAUAAAAUUCAAUUCAAAAUUAGUUAAUAAAUAAUGUUAGCUGGGCCUACAAUUGGGCCUAUGAUUGGGCCGAUGGGCCCUAUUGGUUUACAUUCAAGUUUCAUCAAUCGGGCUUCGAGACCCGACUGGUUGAAGCGCGGGCUGUGCACUUCUCUUCCAAUCGAUCUCACAAUCCCAUUCCAUUUCCACUUCGAACUUUCAAAUUUCGAAUUCCCUUGCGCUCCAAAAUCCCAAGAUUAGCAUUCCAUUCGAUUCCAACACACAACUGAAUUUCGUUUCUCCCUCUGAUCUUCCGCUCCUACUUCUCUAGAAACUGGCUGUGGUUUCAAAACCGAACAUGUCCCCAGCCAAUCCCGGUGAAGACGCCGGUGUUUCUGGAUUUGAAUCCCAAGAAACGGAGCCUGAUUAUGAGGUUGAAGAGCUGGAGCUUGAAGUGAAUCAAAUAGCUCUGAGGAUUCAUCACUACAGAUCCACUCUGUCGGCUCAGCUAAAGUCCUCCUUCUUUUCGUUACUCGAGUCCUCGAGGCCUCUCCCCAUUGGAGCCUCGGAGCUGGGAACAUCUGCUGCUCGUCCGGAUCAUGAAGAUGAUGCAUAUUUCGAUCGAUUAUGCCAACCUAUUAUUCGAGCAAGUAUUAACUUUUUGGACUCAUGAUGAACAAACCACCACAAGAGGUGAAGGCGCAGUUCAUGAAGAGGGUUUAGAAACUGCGAAGAAGAUACAGUUGCUUGAAGAUAAAAUAUCAAGUAACAUCAUCCUGAUCCCUACAGUUCUUAAGAGGAUGAAAGACUGUAUUUCAACUAUUGACAAUUUGGCUUCUUAUAAUGGGGUCAUUCAUCCUGCAUUCAAAAGGAAAAAAACUAGCUGAAUUUAACUCGUACCUGGCUGUUACUUAACAAGCGAGUCUCGAGUGUAGUAUGGUUAUCGAGUUUGACGUGUAGUGUAUUGAUCUUUACAUUCUGUUGUCGAAAGGGCUGAUUUCUCAACCAUUUGCUUCCUGGUAUGUAACAUAACCUCCUGUCUAUAACGUUAUUGAAGACAAUAGUUUUCCAUCUGUUGCUGUAUAAAGUUCUUGAAAUAUUGAAAUAGGAAGUUUUAUGCCUAUUCCUUCAACUUCUCUAAA